AUAGCAUGUACUGCAUUCUGGAAACAUAAUCAGUAGUAUUAUUACACUACAAGAAUCAGUACUAUACUACUAUUCUGUGCUUAUAGUCUGUUGCUUUUAUUAGCAUCUACUGAAAUGGAAUUGUUUCAAAGCUAUCUUUAUUUGUCCAUGAUUCUCUUGCUAAUUCUGGGGUAUUGCACCUCAAUCUUUCGACGAAAAAACCUUCCUCCCGGUCCGAGAGGGCUUUCCAUUCUCGGAAACUUGCUUGAAAUUGGCCCAAAUCCCCACCAAUCCUUGGCCAAACUAGCACAGAAAUAUGGUCCUCUCAUGACCAUUCACCAAGGCAGUGUCACCACCAUCGUUGCCUCUUCAGCAGAUACGGCUCGCCUUGUUCUGCAAAAGCACGACGCUGAUAUUUCUGGCAGGAUCAUCCCAGAUGCCAUCAGCACGCUAGAACACCCCUCCCAUGCAGUGGCGUGGCUGCACACAGGAGACGAGUGGCGCAUGAUUCGACGAGUUUUAACUACUUUUUUAACAAACUCACACAAGCUAGACUCGUUAUGUGAGCUACGUCACGGUGUGAUGGACCAAAUGGUUCGACAUGUUGAAAAAAUUAGCAAAUCAGAAGGAGAACAAGGCGUGGAAAUUGCCAAGUUGGCCUUUACCACGGCUUUAAACCAAAUGUCAAACACCUGUUUCUCUACUAAUGUCGACGAAUAUGACCAUCAAGAUAGCAAAGGAUUCAAAAAUGCUGUGGCGACUAUCAUGGAUGUCGCGAUGAAAUUCAACGUUGCAGAUUAUUUUCCUCUGCUUAAAGCCUUUGAUCUUCAAAAAUUAAGGCCUAUGGCGAACGCUGCAUACGGUUGCCUCGAGGAACUCUGCGAUGAUUAUAUUCAUCAGCGCUUACAACAUAGAGAGAAUAAGUUACCGAAACACGGAGAUCUCUUGGAUUCCUUAAUUGAUUUCAGCCAAGAAAAUCAAUCUGAUUUUACCUUGAAACACAUUCAAGUCCUGUUAGUGGAGUUAUUCUUAGGUGGAACCGACACGAGCACCAACACCACUGAAUGGGCAAUGACAGAGCUAAUACUUCAUCCUGACAAAAUGACGAAACUACGUAACGAAAUAUCAGAGUCCGUAAGAUUAAAAGGAAGAAUCCAAGAAUCUGAGCUUCUCAAGCUACCCUACUUGCAAGCAAUUGUGAAGGAAACCAUGAGAUUACACUUAGCUGUUCCAUUUUUAUUCCCCCACAAGACAGAAACAAAUGUUAAUCUAAACAGUUACGAGAUACCAAAGAACACACCCGUGCUAGUGAAUGCAUGGGCCAUUGCCAGAGAUCCUACUUCCUGGGAAGACCCUACAAGUUUUAAGCCCGAAAGAUUCUUGGACUCAGAAGUGGAUUUUAAGGGACAACAUUUCUCAUUUCUUCCAUUUGGGUCGGGUCGUCGGAUAUGCCCCGGGAUUCCAUUGGCGCACAGGGUGGUGAGCUUGAUGAUUGCUUCUUUGGUGUAUCAUUUUGAAUGGAAGCUACCACACGGAAUGAAGCCUCAAGAACUUGACAUGAACCAGACGUACGGCCUAACUCUCGUUAGGGCUGUCCCACUGGUUACUGUCCCUGUCCCCGUUACACAAGUUACCUCAUACAAUUAAUUAAAUAAUGGAGCUGGCCCACUUUGCUGUUCCCGUUAAUUAAAUAAUGUAACGAAAUCUUAUACCUAAAUAUAUACUGGACUCCUAAUAAAUAAAUUGUAUAAAUAAAGGGACUCAUGCAAACCCUUGGGCCUUGGCAUUCGAAUACAAGCUACGAAUUAUGUAAAUCCGCUGGUACUAAUUAAUACUGUACUAUACAUCUCUUGUUAUAGUCAUUUUGAAUAUCUUGUAUCCGUAAGAGAAGAGUUUAUAGUAUCAUCUAUUGAUAUGUGAUAUGUGAGAGGAUUACCGAGAGUCUUCUAUUUG